CGAGGAAGCGAACGAUUAAAUAUUAAGAUAUUUUCUUUUAAUUGAUGGAAAAAAAGAAACAUAAAACUAUAUCUGAAUAUAGUCAGAGGAUCGACAGUACGGACAGGAAUGAUUGGCAACAUCUGACAGAUCCAGUCCUACUGCACGUUUUCUCUUAUCUGGACAAAAAUGAGUUAAACAGCGUGUGUAGAACGUGCAAGAAUUGGCAUCGAAUAGCCCAGGAUGAAAGCUUAUGGAAAGAAUUAACGUACAGGAAUUUAGGAUGUCGUUACCCUCGGCAUGACGUCAGCUGGAAAUCGGAAUUGAAGCGGCUGACUUACCAUGCCCCCAACCAUCUUCAUCAAACGUGUGAGGGUCACGUGGAUAAAAUUUACUACGUCUGCUUUUCUAACAGCGGGAAAUUGAUAGCUACCUGUGGAGCAGACGGUAUUGUGAAGGUAUGGAAAUAUGGUCACACCACGGCGCUUUUACACUCCCGUCAAGUCGUGGAUCCGCCGUCGUAUGCCAACUACGUGGAGUUCAAUGAAGCUGAAACGCAUCUAAUCAUGAACUGUAUGAUGAGCGUGAGAGAGGAGGAGGAAUUACAAGCCGCACUGGCCGUGCUCGCCAUUGAAAAAGGGCUUGCAGUGGUGGCGGCGAGGCAUUCGUGGUUCCCUUAUUUUAGAGGAACUUGGCUCACUAACGACACUUUCCUUUUAGCCGAUGUGUCGACGUACUUUUUCUCCAAUGAUAAUGUGAAGUUAGCCAGUUGUACGUUCUAUGAGGAAGAAUUAGAAAACCCGGAACUUUAUAAGCGUCCUCUUGUGGAAAAUCUAACGGAUGACAAUGUGGAAUUACGGAGUCUAUUAGAAAUGACAAACGAUGGGUAUCGACCCCAUUUAGUGAAGGUCAUUGAGUGGUCAAAAUGGAACCGAGAUUCUCCAGUCGAACGCGUGGAGACUUCCCGUCCAGGGGAUAGGGUGGUGAUUAUCUACCAACAGAGUCUGGAGUGGGAUAUCGUUCACAGACUGGUGUUUUAUAAAGUGGACAUAGACUCUGAGACCCCCAGUGUUACAGAACCGAUCAAAAUAAUAAUGACCAACAGCGAGUGUGUGGGAGUCAAUCUCUCAGCGGAUCACAGGUAUGCAGUGUACAACUCAAGAAGGUUUUGUAUAGACGGCUGGUACGAACAAGAUGUCGACACAAUUGUGAUCAAUUUAGCAAACAUUGGAGAAAAACCGGAGGUGUUUGAAGGAAACAAAUCUUUAGAACAGUCAGCUAAACUAUUUUACUUUUUCCCUAGCAUUUCUUCUGAUUUCCUUGCAAGCGGAUCUGAACAAGAUGUUGCUUUUCUUUGGGAUCGUCAUUCGAAACAAGUGAUCGCUACAUUACCUCACACACUUCCGGAUGCGAAAGAUGGAGUGGGUGCUGUUGCCUUUCAUCCACAUGAUCCGGAAGUCUUAAUUAGCGUAGCAGAUGAUUGCAGAGUUAGGAUUUGGACGUCCAAAAACAGGGAAAGACAAUUUAAGCUGCAGAGUGAUAUACCAAACUGUGAAUAAUAUAUUCAUAUUACAUAGUGAUAUUAAUUAAUUUAAAUGAAAACUUGUAAGCAAUUAAGUCAAAAAUAUCACAAAUGUUAUGCAUUUUUAACACAGGCACUUGUUUCAUAUACAGGACAUCCCCUACUUAUUAUAAGUAGUUGUACCCCUUAUACGAAACAAGUGCUAAAAAAAGAAGUGGUACCCUUAGUGGUAAAAAUAAGUAGUGGUACCCCGUAUACGAUACAAGUCCCUGUGCGCCGUAUGCCAAGGGCAUAUGAGGAGAGUAGCGUAUCAGAAACCUUUGGCUAGCGAAGAUGAUUUUACCGCAAUUUUCAGCAAAUAAGAUGUCAUUAUAGUAGAGUAUUUUAUUGCCCCCGUAAUCGAAGAUUCGAGGGUUUUAAUUUUAUUCCCUGUCCGCCAUUCUGUGUGACCGCAAAGCAAAACCUGUAACCGUGUCCAAAACUUUUGAGUGGGAGGGACUAUGGCUACCAUAUUCACAGAUGUACUUCAUGUGAUAUCACCUUUCUUUUGGCAUCACAUUUGACUACGAGACCUUGGAGUUUGACUCACUUUAACAAGAAAUUUCGGGUUCUUAACAUAGCCAUAACUUUGAAUAUUUACACCCCGCUGCGAAGGAGAGGGGUACUAUACUGUUGUACCCUCAUGUGUCCAUCCGUCUGUGUGUCUGUCCGUAACAAAUUUUUGAUGGCAGUUUUCUAAGUGUGUUCUAUAACAUCUAAUGAAAGAUCUGAAUUUAUGUUUGAAUUAUCAGACGAAUACAAUAAUGUUUUCACAAAUUUUGUCAGUUUAAAUGAGUACGAUUAUUUACUUGUCUGUUCUUAGGGGUACCCGCGACCAAGUCUUAUUCAAAAAGAAGUUCAUGUUAAAAUGUUUUUCAUUUAUAGUUUUUAGUAUAGCCACUUACAACGAUAAUUUGUAUGAAACACAAACAUGAGGUUGUCCUUUUUAUGUUUUCAUACAGCGAAUUGUAUAUACAUUUUCUUUUUAGAAAUUCUCAUUGAUGUAGUAUAUAUACUAGUAUGCUGUAUUUGACGUGUUGUAAUUCAAAUCUCCAAAUGGAGAAAAUAAUGAGUAAAUAAAUGAAUGAAUGAAUGAACAGUAACUUUGAUGUAAAGAUUCUCUAAUUUGUUUACAUCAUAAAAAUGCCUCUUAUAGUUUUAAAACACUUGUCUUUUAUUUACUUUAAUUGUGUAGGUUAAUAUUUUAAAAAUAUCCUUCUAUUACAAAAAUGGUCUCCAUA